AUGUUUUCGCCCCUGCAGGAGCUGGGUGGGGCGCCGGAAGGGGUCUACGGCUAUCCGAUAUCUUUCACUGAGGCUAUAUUGGCUCCCAAAGGUAUGCACCCCAAAUGGCGAAACAUCUCUACCUUGGCAAAGGCUCCACAGACGGUGGAGUUCAAAUGCCGUAUGGAACAAUGUGGGGCAACAUGUCCACAGCAUCUCAGGAUCACUAAAACUGUCCAUGGGCGAGUAGCCGGCUUCUUAGCGCGGCCAGUCGGUGAUGCGCCGACAGUGCCAACACCAGAGUGGCUUGCAGCAGCUGGUAUACUUCAUGCAGUUAUUCAUGUAAUCCUUCCUUCGGUUUGUGAAUCGCUUCGAAUGAAUGUUCUCUGA